AUGGAUAUAGAUAUGGAUAUGGAUAUCGACAUGAGCACCAGCCUUGAACAAGCUGGCGCAGGCCCGGCGCUCGACCAGAAACAUUCAAUCGACGAGUGGGAAAAGUUCAUUGCCUUGUGUAUACUCAAGCGUCUCGACCCGGAACCUUUCGAGACCUAUGUUACGGUCCUGCAUUCGAGGCACCCGUUGCCGCCCGCCGCCGUCGCCGAUGUCUUCCUGAAGCCGCAGCCUACAAACCGAGAGAACCUCGAUCCGCGCGUGCCGCGAUACGUACAAAUCCUGAGCGAGAAGAGGUUCAUCGACACGCCAUCGAUACUCAAGGCCCUCUACAAGCAUUCCACGUCGCAUACCCAAGCGCAAGCAGUCGGCCAUGCCGACCCAGAAGUCGCACAGGCGACUCCCGAGACUAGGUGGAAGAACUCCUAUGGCCAGGAGGAAACGAUAUUCUACCGCCUUACCAAGUCUGUCGCGCUGGGUACGGGCAUCAAAUCCUUUGGUGAUGCCAUUGCCGUUUGCAAAGUCGUAGCCAAAUGGAUGUCCCUCUUCACUUCUGCGGCCGCGGCCUUUGCCCAAGACAUUAUGGGUCAAGCUCACAGCCUGCAAGCCAAGGACGACAUGGAGGCGUCGCGGGCUGCCUUUGUCAUGAUGCUUCUUGGCGUCUGCGAAAAUCAAACAGUGCUCAGAGCGCUGAGCGGUCCCUCGGCCAAAGAGGCGCGCAAGGCUCUAUCGGAAAGUCUGAGUAGUUUCAUACCUUCUAUAAUGCAAAGUGGCGCUUCUCAAAUCGCUGAAAGGCUCGAAUCAUUUCGCACCGGCACCCUUGCGAGCUUUGAGCCACUGGACAAGAAGAAUGAGGCCGCCAAGGCAGAGUUUGAUGACCUUAUCGAUUCCACGUUGGGUUUCGAUAACUUGGCUGUUUCUGAACUGCCGGUCAUGAACACGCGUGCCGGUCUGUAUAUUUACCUAAAUGCUGCGCUGGUUGGACGCCCGCUUAUCGACGACGCUUUUCUAUAUGGCUAUCUCCAAAAUCGAUACAAUGGUGACUACCAAUCGUGCUUCAUAGAUCUAAUCCUGGCUUCUUUCGAUGUCUUGGCCAAUGCAGUCUUUCGCAGCGAGGGAUCAAGAACUGCUCACCUUUUGCGCUCAUACUUGAUCAAUAAGCUGCCUGUAUUGCUCGCGAAUCUGGCACAGUCACUAUCGACACUAUUCCCGCCAGUGACUCCACAAUUUUGCAUCACAACAGCCUUGAGCCAGGUCGACACCAAUGCAUUUCCCACGCUCUCGGCCAUGUUUGACAUAUCGAGUAGCAAUAACACCUUUACCGACAGUGUCAGACAAGAGUUUUGCUGGGCAUGCUGCUUACAUGGACUCAUACCUGAAUCAGCCAUAGAAGUGCUCCUGGGCGAGAUCACGUACCAAUCACUUCCCGAGGGAGGCAAGUGGGUCAAGGAGAAAUUGGUGAAUGAGUGCAUGUCAGAUUCCGAGAGGAUACAGGGCCUCGUGAAUGAGCUUGAUAAAAUGGACGGGAAUGUAGGUGCCGUCUGCCAAGCUCUUGCUGAGGUGAUUACUCGGCUGUGCGCUAGUAAAGAGACAAUCACUCUCAAACAGCUUUGUAGCCAGCUCGCCAAGAAGCCACUAUCUCUCGACGUGAUAUUGCUCUUUGAAAAGCCCAUCACCAUUCUACACCCGCUUUGCGAAUUGCUCGACAAUUGGAGGUACGACGAGGAGCAAGGUGAAUAUCAACCAGUAUACGAAGAGUUUGGAUCGAUUCUACUGCUCGUGUUGGCAUUUGUGCACAGGUAUAACCUGGAUAUCGCAGAUUUGGGAACCAGAGCCUCGGAUUCUUUUACGGCCAAACUUCUCAGUAGUGGUCACCUGCCGAGGCAAUAUGAGGAUCUGUCCGAACAAGAAAAGAACCAACUGGGAGGCUGGAUACAAGGCCUUUUUGAUCCAGACAGUGGAGGUCUUGGCGACGAGCUGAUGUCUUCCUGCACACCUCAGGACUUUCAUCUUUUGAUCUCUUCGCUAUUCUAUCAGACCGUCCUGGCAUUUAGCACGGAUCGGCUGACAGAAGACAGCCUCAAGAGUGGAGUUGAAUAUUUGGUCGACACUUUCCUCCUACCAUCUUUGGUGAUGGCUUUGACUUUUUUGGCCAACCACCUGAGAACCAGUCGGGCAGCAGAACCAAAGGCUGUCAUCAGAAUUUUGCAACUUAUUUUGUUGACAAAGCAAGGGUCAAAUGAGGCACAGACAAUGCUUUCAGCUGUCAUUACUAUUGUCGCAAAGCCAUUAGAACAUGCACUGAGAUCCCAUCAACGACAUGAUCCCAAGAAUCAGGAUAUCGAGCCAUUGCUCAAAGCAAUCAGAGACAACACACAAGUACCUCCGAGAACGGCUGGCGCCGACUCCAAAGAACUCGAGGCUUGGACAGGCACUGCCAACGGCGGUCUGGCUGCCUCGGUCCGUCACACCAUCCAAGGCCUAAUUCAAUGGAGCCUCCACCCAGGUCUCAACGUCAUGCCGACCUCGUACACACAUCGUCAAAUGAUUGCCGCUCUCAAGAUGUUAGGGCCCAGACAACUGCUGAGGUUGAUCCUGGACGAAGUCAAGCAGAGUUAUUCCGAAGCUGGUAGUGCAAGCUAUGCCUAUGACAUUGCGAUGGCUCUAGUUUGUGCUCCUGAUGUCACCAACCAGCCGCCUGCACCGCCUCCAGCACUCAUGAAUGACCCAAACCAACAGGCGUCUUCAAUUCAGAAGCGUGUAGCAUUACGCCAGAUGCUCAGAUGGGAGGCCGAGGACUGUAAGAAGAUACAGAAAGUGGACCCAGCCUUGGCAGAACAUAUUGUGCGGUUGCACCGAAAAGUCGAGGCACAGAUGCACAUUGUAAUCCAGCCAGCUCCAGCCAUGAUGCAAACUGAUUUGAGUCUUGGCCUGGACGAGAAUGCAGCCGCCUCACUCGACGAUGCCCUUGCUGCUGCUCAGGGCGAUGUCAUGGUAGCCAAUGACACGGGUAUGGACCUGGACCUUGGCCCCGACCCUUCUGGAAUGGGCUUGGACAUGGGCGGCGCUGAUGGUGGACUUGGCUUGGGCGAUGAUGAUAUUUUCGGAUCAUUGGGACCUGUCGGCGGUGGGGCUGAUUUGCUCGACGGCUGGGAUACCAUGUUGUAA